UAUAUCUUUUCCUCGUUGAUCAGUUUAGUAUAUAAGCCAUCGCCUGGUACUUAGACACUUAUCAGACAAUAUUCAGUAGUUUGGUGAACGUGUGUCGGCAUCUUUUAGACGGAAGAAACGAAAAUUUGGAUACGAUUUAAAAAAAAACUGAAGUUGAGAAAUCCAGAAAAUGAAAUCAAUCGUUUUGUUGCUGGCAUUUGCCGCUGUCGCAGUUAGUGAAGAAAUUAUUGCAGUUGUGAAGCUUUUACCCCAUGAAGAUACCAACCCUGUCUCUGGAAAUCUUCAAAUAGUUAUAAAAUAUGGGUCAGUAAUUAUAUCUGGAUCAAUUACUGGACUCACUCCGGGACAACACGGGAUUCAUAUUCAUGAGAAAGGUGAUCUUUCUAAUAAUUGUCUUAGCACUGGUGGACACUUUAAUCCUACAAAUCAAACACAUGGAGCACUAACAGAUACUGUAAGACAUGUUGGGGAUCUUGGAAAUAUUAGAGCCCGCGAUAAUGGUUAUGCUGACGUAUAUUUAUAUACUCGUGAUAAUAUGAUUUCGUUAGUUGGACCAAACAAUAUUAUUGGACGCAGUGUUGUUGUUCAUUCAAAUGUUGAUGAUCUUGGCAAAGGAGGAAAUGAGGAAUCAUUAAUAAACGGAAAUACUGGGUCUCCUGUGAGCUGUGGAGUUAUUGGACUUAAAUCUAUAUCUUCGGGAUCGUCAAUUUCCAUUGGCCAUCACACCGUACUAGUGCCACUUAUUUUAUUUGUCUUCAAAUAUUACAACUAGAAACAUAUAUACAUAUAUAUAACUACAGUAUUUAAUUGUAAUCUCCAUAAUGUUAUUCAUAAAUACAGUAUUCUAAAAUCGAUUUAUGAUAUCGAUUAAAUUAAAAAUGUAACCGUCGAUUUUUCUACAAAUAAAUUGUAUUAUUUUUACCGAAUUUGAAUACUUAACCAUGCAAUUAAUAAUAUAAAUUUUUCUACCGCAAUUUGAUCAACUUUCAAUGAUUUAAUUACAGUAGCAAUGUAUGAAGAUAAAGAUAAAACUCAUAUAAUAGAAAGUAAUUAAUAAAUAUAAUAUGUAAAAUAAUAAUGAUAAUGAUACUCAAUAAAUGACUUGAAGUUAACACUCAAGUAAACGAAUUAAUAUUUAGAUAAUUGUAAUGUUACAUGUAAAUGUGGGUAUGAUGUAAAAAAAAAAUAAAAGAUUAAAAGUGUUAGGAUCUGAUGAUAGUGUGGAUUGAUUCAUAGACUCAAUUUCCUGAGUAUAGGCGUUAAAUUCUUGAAUAAGUGUGACGAUUUAUCGCUGAAAGGGUUUAUUUAUCAGUUAUAUAUGUAUGUUAGUUUCCUCAGCCAGUGAAAAUGAAGGAGUAAGUGGCGCCAAAGAGUACCCGCGGGUCUGAUGCUAAGAAGUAUAAGAAGAAGAAUAAGGUUAGCGACCUUGGGCUUGAA